AUGGCCUCGAAUGGCUGUGCCACCUACGUUUUCGUGGAAAUGAAACUCAAGGGGAAGCAGGCGUCCGUCUCUCGUGGUAACCAGAUUUCACAUGCCUUGAAGAAUCACCAUCGCGCGGCGCGAAGAGAACGCACAAAAUUGUAUCUGGCAGCGCGCCAGAGCCUUCUAGCCAGGAAUGCCCAUGGCAAGCGCUAUCAGGCUUUGUCAGAUUCCAGCUCAUCACCAGAGGAGUCGAGCUCAUCAGAACGAAAUAGCCCUGAGCAGAAAGAGCGGCAGGUCUCGGAAGUCGAGAUUUUGAACCCCAAAGCCCUGGGCAUGGUGCUUGGGCAAGGACGACUUGAUCCAUUCAACAUAUAUCCGCACGAUAAAAUCUCGCUGUACGUGCACGAGAUUCUAGAUCACGCUAUCAAUCACACCUGGCCUGGUGUGUGUCCCUUCGGAUACGCUGCGUCGCAUCCCGUCAGGCGAGCCUGGUUAGGCUGUGCUAUGGACUCUCCUGUCGCUUUCUACUCUUUCAUCUUUGCAGCUGGUCUGCACCAUGCUUAUUUGCAUGGCUGGAGCAGGAUAUCAAAAACCGCAUACAAUCUGUUAUUCUCGUACAAGACGAAAGCAAUAAGCCUAGUCAACGCGGCAUUGCAGAAGGUAGAUGUCGAAAUCUCGGACGCGCUUCUGGUGUCUAUUCUCAUCCUCGCGGCACAUGGCCCAGCUGCGACUAGCUGCGACAAGGAGUCACCAGAAUAUCCGGUGUCUCCGCUCGCUAAUGCACAGGACUUGGACUUUUAUGGCAGCCUGAGAUUCGAUGAGUUGCACAUGGGCGCACUCCGCAUUCUGGUGGCGCGUCGAGGAGGGUUGAAAAACAUUCAACUGUACGGCAUCGCUGACAUGAUUGCACUUGGCGAAGUCUAUGGUGCAAGUUCGACCCUGACCAAACCAGAAUUCCGGAAAUGGUUCGCAUGUCCAACCCCGCUCUUACUGCUACCGGAUUACCAGUUUUCGUCCCGCGAAAUCUUUCCUUCAUUGCGAAAUCGAAUAGUGUUCAAGCAAUUGCUGUCCAUAUUGUGCGCCAUGUCUACAAUUUGUAAAGCCCUCACACAUCUUCGUCAGGGAGGAACCAAUCCGGCAUUUUUCACCAACAUCAUACGAACCAGAAACAGGGUCCAGCAUCGUCUGCUCUCGCUGCCUCAUCAAGAAUCCAGUUCAAUUCUGGACCAUGGUAUCUAUGAAACCUGCCGCCUUGCCGCAAUGAUAUUCAGCGACAUGGUCAUCUUCCCGCUUCCCCCCGCAACAGAGAUCAGACCACGGCUAGCGGGGAUGCUGCGGAGGACCCUCGAGAGCUUGCCGGUACACCUGGAGAGGGCGAGUCACACAGAGAUCUUGCUGUGGGCCGUCAUGUUGGGAGCCAUUGCAGCUGCCAAAACCGAGAGGCAUCGGACUUGGUACCACUUGGCUGUCAAGCAGUAUGCCGUCCUGCUCGGUGCGGGCCGAUGGACCGAAAUGCAAACGGUCCUGAAGAGACACCUGUGGAUGGAAGAGUUCUGCGACCCACCAGCGAAAGCGGUCUGGCAAGAAGCAAUUGGGCUUGAUUCCCCUGUGCACGCAGCAUAG